ACAGUGGGUUAGGGUCUGGCUCAGUUGGCUGGAAACAGUUAACGCUGCUGCUGAGUGUUUUGAGUUGCUGGGUGUGGUGACCCACAAUUUUAAUCCCAUCUCUGAGGAGGCAGAUGCAGGCAGAUCUCUGAGUUCAAGGCCAGUCAGGAUUACAUAGUGAGACCUUGUCUCUGAAAAACAAGAAUAGCGACAACAAGAGACCCAAUACCACCAUCAACACCAACAACCCCUCUCCCCCACCCCACCCUGCUUAACCCUUCCAGUAGCUCUGUCUCCAAAUACUCACAAGUACCCACUCUUGUGUACUUGAGCCCGUGGCUUGGGUGGGGCAUCAGGAAGGGGUGGCACUCAAGAGUUAGGCCCGUGCAGGCCAGGACAUUGCCCCAUUCUGCCUUUGAGAGGACUGGGUGCCAAGCAGAUGGGGCCUUGAGCUCACUCACUGGGACAUACCUGUGCCCUUGGAGGGUUUUUCCUUUGGGUGGUGGGCCCAGGCAUGAGACAUCUGGUGGGCUCAGGCCUAGCAAUCCUGACUGUCAGACAAGAUCCCUUCAAGCCUCUAAGUUGAAGGGUUCAUCUUAGUCAUGGGGAGGCUGAUGGGAGUUGGGAGCACUCUUAUGAACUCUCCCAACAUAGAAAGGACCCAGGAGAAGUCCCGGUCAUGCAGCGAAGGGCUUUGCAGAUGUGCACACUGGAACUUACAUGGCUUUUGUGCUUCUGGGUCAUGUCUAGGACCCCGGAAGCAGGCUGGAGAUAUUGGCCUGAACCACGUGCUUUACCCCCACCCUCUUGUGGAAAAGAGGUGUUUUCUGAGAACACAGUCCCACUGCUGAGAGUUGUAGUUGCUUAGAGUGAGAGUACCCGAUACCUGUGUGGGAUGGGGUGGGGUGGGGUGGGGAUACACAAAAGCCCUGUAGAGAGUCCGUCCGGGUGUAAGAGGGGAGGCCUAGAGGUCUCUGCUGAGCUGGGGCUGGGGUUACAGGCUGAUUCAGGAAGUUCAGACCCACACUCUUCCCUCUGCCAAAAGCAGAGUGGGGAAGCUCUGUGUGCGGGGAAGAGGGUAGUGUGAGCUCUGUCCUUUCCUUGAUCAUCUGAGUCCUUAGAGAAGGAAGCCUGCUUUGGCUUCCUCUCUGGGACCUAAGAGAAGCCUCAGGCAGAGAUCCAGUCCCCCUGCCUCUACCCCAGGAUCCUGCUGACAGCCAGGAGCCUGUCAUCCACUCCCACUGUUCUACCUGCCAGCAGUUAUGGACUCAGGGUGUCUGUCUGUCUGUCUGUCUGUCUGUCUGUCUGUCUAUUGUAACUAAUUUUAUUUUUUUCUCACAUGAGUAUCUCCAAGAAAGGAUGUGUGCACGACUGACUUAAUUGGCACUACUUUCCUGUGUGGCUGUGGAGUGAAGGAGAGAGCAUGCUCAUGUGUUUAUGUCUGUGAGAGAAGAGUGGGUGUCAGAAGAUGCUCAUGAAGCAGCAGGAGCGGCUGGAGGAGAGAGAGCAGGACAUUGAGGACCAGCUGUACAAGCUCGAGUCAGACAAGCGCCUGGUGGAGGAGAAAGUGAGCCAGCUGAAGGAGGAGGUGCGGCUGCAGUACGAAAAGCUGCACCAGCUGCUGGAUGAAGACUUGCGGCAGACAGUGGAGGUCCUGGACAAGGCGCAAGCCAAGUUCUGCAGCGAGAACGCGGCGCAGGCGCUGCACCUUGGGGAGCGCAUGCAGGAGGCCAAGAAGCUGCUGGGCUCCCUGCAGCGUCUCUUCGACAAGACAGAGGACGUCGGCUUCAUGAAGAACACCAAGUCUGUGAAAAUCCUAAUGGACAGGACCCAGACCUGCACGGGCAGCAGCCUUUCUCCCCCUAAGAUCGGCCACCUGAACUCCAAGCUGUUCCUGAACGAGGUGGCCAAGAAGGAGAAGCAGUUGCGGAAGAUGCUAGAAGGUCCCUUCAGCACACCGGUGCCCUUCCUACAGAGCGUACCCCUGUACCCUUGUGGUGUGAACAGCUCUGGGGCCGAAAAGCGCAAGCACUCGACAGCCUUCCCUGAGGCUAGCUUCCUGGAGACUUCGUCAGGCCCAGUGGGCGGCCAGUACGGGGCAGCGGGCACAGCCAGCAGCGAGGGGCAGUCUGGGCAGCCCCUGGGUCCCUGCAGCUCCACGCAGCACUUGGUGGCUCUGCCAGGCGGUACCCAGCCAGUACACUCGAGUCCCGUGUUCCCCCCUUCGCAGUACCCCAACGGCUCCACCACCCAGCAACCCAUGCUCCCCCAGUAUGGCGGCCGCAAGAUUCUCGUCUGUUCUGUGGACAACUGUUACUGCUCUUCCGUGGCCAACCACGGUGGCCACCAGCCGUACCCCCGAUCCGGCCACUUCCCCUGGACAGUGCCCUCACAGGAGUAUUCACACCCACUUCCACCCACACCCUCCGUCCCUCAGUCACUUCCUGGCCUGGCGGUCAGAGACUGGCUCGACGCUUCUCAGCAGCCUGGCCACCAGGAUUUCUACAGGGUGUAUGGGCAGCCGUCCACCAAACACUAUGUGACAAGCUAACGCCAAGCAGGCAAUGGACGCUGGGGACCCUUCUCCCCAGCCCCGGUGGCUCGGGAAUUAUGCAUUCAGAGACCGGCCCUUUCCACCCUCCUCUCUCCUUUCUUCUCCAUUCCUCCACGUCAUUUCUUUUUUUGGAUUAUGUUUUAUUUAGGGUCUUGUUUUGAUUUUUUUUUUUUUUAAUUAUGCAUCUCCUGGAUGAGGAGGUGACGGUGGGAAGUAGCCUUGGCCCUUGGCAGGGGCUGCAGGUAGCCCUGGAGUUGGGACAGUAUCUUAACUCAAGGCACUGGGCUCUCUUUCCUUUUCUUUUUAAAAAAAAACAAAUCCUACCCCCUUCCCUUCACACCCCCAUGGCUGGAAGAAGCCCUGGAUGGCAGCUCUUUGCUCGCCCUGGGAGGCAGCCCAGCACCCACUGCCCGUUUCUCCUCCCUUCACUGGUUCCUCUGGGCAGUGUGAUCACUGGUGGAGAAAAGAGUGACCUAGAGAUUGUGGAGGGUUUUCUUUGUUUUAGUUUUCAAUUUUUUUUUUUUAAACCAAGAGUGAUUUCUAUAGACCCUCUUUCUAGCCGGAAGUUCAAGGCCACAUCUCAAGCAGCCUUUGGCAUCUUCAAACCCAAGUGGAAUCUUUCAAAGCCAGGAGCCCCGUGUCCAAGAAAAGCUGAGAAAAAAAAAAAAAAAAAAAAGGAGAAAAAAAAAAAAGGAACUUUGCCAAUGAUAGUGACCACAGCGAAAGCAAAUAAUAAUAAUAUUAAUAAUAAUAAAGAGAAAUAAAAGAAAUAAUGAAUAAAAA